AAAAGCUCAGAUAAUUUGUGUUUUAUUUUAUUUCCGUGACCUCGAAAAAAUAAGAAGCAAAAUGUCGUUUAAUCAAGAGAUUCAGAGAUUAGAACUACAAAUCAAGGAAAUCAAACAAGAGAUUCAACAAGAGGGAGACAACGUCAAGGAGAAAACAGAACAAUUGAAUGAUUUACAUAAAGAAAGACAAGAAAAAGAAAACCUAUUAAACCUUGAAAAAAAGGUUCAAGAAAUGUUUGAUGAACUAUAUCAAAAAGCAGAAAGAAGGAUGAACUUGGUUGAAGAAUUGGAAAGUAAAGGGCUUUUGGAUGAAUCUAAUAGACAAGAUAUAGUGACAGAACUCAUAAAGAGCAAGGAUGAUAAGAUCGCAUCUCUCAAUAAGCAAAUAGAAGACAAACAAAGAGAUCUCCAAAGAUUAAAAUAAAAAUUAAAACUCAUACACACAUUCGCACACUGUUGUUCUCCCCCCGUCUCUUUCUUUUCGCUUUAGUCAUGAACAAAGAUAAAAUUUCAAUUAUGAAUCUUGUUGGAGCUUCUGUUUCUGAAGCUACAUUUGCUGCUCACGAAACAAGAGAUAUCGUUUUACCUAAUCAAAACGAACAUGUUGCCCAUGUGGCUAUAGAUAUUGGCGGCUCUUUGGCAAAAAUAGUUUACUUUACUUCUUCAGCAAAUAGAAAAGGAGGUAGACUUCACUUUAAGAAAUUCGAAACAGAGAAAAUAGACGAGUGCAUUGAUUAUGUUGCUGCAUUGAUGGCCGAUGCCAGACUUGAACCGCGUAAUAACAACAAUAAUCUCGUGCUAAAAGCAACGGGAGGUGGAGCUCACUUAUUCUAUGAUAAGUUGAAAGAAAGAUUAUCUGGCGUAAUAAUUGAAAAAGAGGAUGAGAUGGACUGUCUUAUUACAGGAUUAAACUUUUUCAUUACAGAAAUACCCUAUGAAGUGUUUACCUAUAAUGAGCAUGAUCCUGAGCCAAUGAAGUUUGAGAAGAAGGCAAACGAUCUCUAUCCAUACAUGUUGGUGAAUAUUGGGUCUGGUGUAAGUAUCUUGAAGGUGACAGGUCCAGAUGAAUUUUCCCGCAUUAGUGGUACUUCGCUUGGAGGAGGUACACUGUGGGGAUUAAUGUCACUACUAACAGAUGCAACAUCAUUUGACGAUAUGCUGGAAAUGUCGAAAACAGGUGAUAAUAGAAAUGUAGACCUAUUAGUAGGGGACAUAUACGGAUCAGAUUACUCAAAAUUGGGAUUAAAAUCUACACGUAUAGCAAGUAGCUUUGGUAAAGUGUUCAAAAAGGGGGUUCGACAAGCACAGGGUAAAUUUCAAUCCCCAGACAUUGCAAAGAGCCUAUUAUUUAUGGUCAGCAAUAACAUUGGACAAAUUGCCUAUUUAAACGCAAAGCAACAUAAUCUGACUCGUAUAUACUUUGGUGGAUGCUUCAUUCGAGGACACCCAAUCACAAUGAAUACACUUUCUUAUGCUAUCAACUUUUGGUCGAAUGGUGAAAUGAAGGCAUUGUUCUUAAGACAUGAAGGACAUCUGGGUGCUACAGGAGCAUUCUUAAAGCAUGGUGACGCAAAAUCUCUUAUAGAAAUGAUACAUACUUAAUUACAUGCACUUUUCUUCCUUUUUGUCAUGGUUUCUUGAAUGUGUUGUAUCAAAAGGUUGUUUUGUUUAUGGCACAUGUACAGUAGAAUUUUUUAAAUAGUUACUUCACAGACUGUUUAUACCCUAGAACACUUUAAAUAAUUAUAUAAAAAUGUUUUGGUGUAAACAUUUCUUUAAUAAUCUUCUGUCCACUGCUCCUUUAUAGACUCUUUUUUGACUUAUCUGUCAUAAUCUUGCAUUUUUGAUAUAUUCCAUUUUUA